AUGAAAUCUAUUGUCAUUCAUGGCAGUCAACAGAAACCUGAAGCUUCAACAUCAACUGCCAAGGUCAAUUUCAGAAAACCUCAUGAAGUCACCGAAUUUGAGGACUUUUCAACAACACUACCCACAAAAUUAUUAAAAAGAUCCAGUCAUGUCGCUGAUACAUCUUCUCUACCUCCUUCCAAAAGAAUGAAGACUUCCCCUACUAAAGAGCCAAUUCAAGUAGAAACAGCCAACAUGCACAAGGAUUACAUACAAACAAAUGAAUCAGAAAAGCAUGUUUCUCCUGACAAUGUACCAGCGGCGAAGUCAGCGGUAGGAGAUGAUUUUGAUCAAACAUUCCAUGUGGUUGAACAACAACAAGCAUCUACUGGAUUGGAGGUGCACAAUUUUGCAAAUAAAUCUGACCCACCCCAACAAAAUGACCAAUCUAAUGUCCAGGAAGAUAUUAAGGGACCUGAACCAUCCACCAUGAUAAAACAGGUGGACAAUAUAUCAGAACAAAACAUUUCAUCAGAUAUUCUAGAAUUAUUUGAUCAGCAGGUCUCUUCUGAUACAUUAAAGGAAGAUGAACCAUCCGUCAAGAUACAAAAGGUGGAUGAUGUAUCAGAACAUAACAUUGUAGCAGAUAUGAUAUCAACAGUUUUUUUAUUAAGAUGUAUUAGCACACCAAUGGAACCACAAAGAGCAGAUACUGAUCAGCUUAUUCCUAAUUCUGAUACAUUGCAGAACACUGGAAAGAAAGAUGGAAGAGUAGCCGUUGAUGAAACUGACAAAGUAGAAGAGCAAGUUGAGGAGAUUGAAAAAGAAAAAAUCAAACCAAGCACAUCGGAAUCCAAUACUUCAGCACCAUUUUCGACCGAAACUCUGGAUGUGAUAGAUGCUCUAAUAUACGGCCUUCCAUCAAACCAAGUGGUUCAGGAUGAAUGUCUAUUACGCGAUAGCCAUCUACCAACCACUCUUCCAUCAAAACCCAAUGUAUUGUCUGACGAUGCGAAGACACCAUUUCGAAGAAGCAGGAUUCCUUCGAAGAUCUUACAAUCGCCGUAUCUUUCAAACUUUGGGUCGAGUAAAAAGGGUAAGGAAAAAUUGUCAUCUGUUAUGCAUCAAGCACACCCUUUUGAAGGUUUUGGUAUAUGCUAUCAUCCCCCAUCCGAGCUUUUCACAGACUACUCUCAAUGGAUAAAUAAAGGACUACUAAAAUCGCAUGGCAACAAGAAACCGAAGGAGGAUCAUUACAGAUCUAAGUACUCUUCAUUCGGCUUUGAAAAAAUAGACUUUGUAGUGGCAUUUCCUAAAGAUAAGAACUGGUUCUACCUAAUGUCACAGCCGAACAGAUGCUGGAACGAUGAGCACAUCGAUAUAAUAUUUUACUACCUUCAGAAGAAAUCGAAGAUGCAGUUGAGUAAUCAGUAUCGAUACACAACGACAAACUGCAUUUUCAAAAUUUACAUCGAAUAUGCACAUACACGCUACUAUCACAUUCCACCUGACAUUUCUACCCAAGAAGAUAUGGCAAGGGCCACUGUUACAGCUCAUCACGAGAGAUUCGUGAAGAACAUAAUAAGAGGUUUCUCAAUACCAGCCGAGUUGCCGUGGCAUUUGGUAGAUGAGGUAUACAUUCCAGUAAACUGUGACAGGGAUUUUCAUUGGGUUCUUGCGGUAGUUGUGUUGAAAAAGAGGUUGAUACGUGUGUAUGAUUCAUCGCCUAGACGAAAAAGUAGCAACCCUUUCCUAGAUAGGGCUGGGCGUUCGGUAUUCGGUUCGUACGGUAUUCGGUAA